CCUUGAUCAUUCUUCACCGUUGCAUCCUUGUGUUCUCUUCUUCUGCUCUGUCACUCAGAACAAUCUACUCGAAGCCAAGAAGAUGGCCUCACAGGUUUGCAAAUCUGCUUCAAGAGCCGCGAGGUCCCUUCUUUCUGCUUCCAAAGCCUCUCGUUUUCACUCUCAAGGACGUGCGGUUGGGGCUGCUGCUGCUGUUUCAUUGAGCAGCAAAGUGCCUCUUUGGUCCUCGAGUCAUGGGAGGAGCGGUUCUGGAAGUGGAUCCGCGUCAUCAUGGAUUUCGGGAGCCAUUGCUCUUCCUGCUGCAGCUUACAUGUUCCAAGAUCAGGAGGUGCACGCAGCUGAGCUGGAGCGCACUUUCAUUGCCAUCAAGCCUGAUGGAGUUCAGAGAGGGCUGAUUUCUGAGAUUAUAUCUCGUUUUGAGCGGAAAGGGUACAAGCUUGUGGGAAUUAAAGUAGUGAUUCCUUCAAAGGAAUUUGCCAAACAGCACUAUCACGACCUGAAAGAAAGACCCUUCUUCGAUGGGUUGUGUGAUUUCCUAAGCUCUGGUCCUGUUAUUGCAAUGGUGUGGGAAGGACAGGGAGUUAUUUCCUAUGGCAGAAAGCUAAUUGGAGCCACAGAUCCCCAGAAAUCAGAACCUGGAACAAUUAGGGGUGAUCUGGCUGUUGUUGUUGGAAGAAAUAUCAUUCAUGGGAGUGAUGGUCCCGAAACUGCCAAGGAUGAGAUUAAUUUGUGGUUUAAGCCAGAGGAGUUAGUUAGUUUCACUAGCAAUGCAGAGAAGUGGGUUUAUGGUGCCAAUUGAUUCUUUCUCUCAUGCCUUGAGUUUUUCUAUAAGCUCGGUGAGUUUUUUUGGAAUAAGUCAUUUUUCAGCGGCUAUACUGAACUCUGCAAGCCACAAAUAAGCGCGAUUGAGAUUCGUAGCGUUAAUGUAUUUUAAUAGGAAUUGCGUUAUUUUAUUACUAGUGUGACAUUCAUUAUGCCAAUAAUUCUAAAUGGGUCAAUUGGCUUUUUCUU